AUGGGCGGCUCCAAGAACUGGCAAGAAAUCGCCGCCGCGAAGCGCGAGGCGAUCCUAGCCUCCAUCCCCAAGGAAUACAUCAUCGCCGACCUGCCCACCCCCGAGCAGCAGCGCGACAUAACCGGCACGUUCGUGCACCAAUGGCUCAGCCCGCGCGAGAUCGAGAUCACGGAGACGGACGCGCCGGGCAUCGUGGCCAAGACGACGGCGGGGGCGUGGAGCGCGGUCGAAGUCACCAAAGCCUUCAUCCACCGCGCCUCGAUCGCACACCAACUGACAAACUGCCUCCACGAAACCGCCUUCCCCGCCGCCCUAGAAGCAGCCGCAGCGCUGGACCAGCGCUUCGCGCAAACGGCAGACAAACGCCGCGGGCUCGGGCCCCUCCACGGGCUCCCCGUCUCGCUCAAAGACCAAUUCCACGUGCGCGGCCUCGACACGAGCAUGGGCUACAUCGGGUGGCUAGGCACCUACCAGGGCCAGCGCGACUCCAAAAACUACCCCAUCACCGCCUCCACGGAAUCAUUGCUGGUGCGGCACCUGCGGUCGCUCGGCGCCGUCAUCUACGUCAAGACGGCGGUGCCGCACACGCUCAUGUGCGGCGAGACGAUCAACAACAUCGUCGGCUACGUAGCGUCCCCCGCCAACCGGCUGCACCUCUCCGCGGGAGGGUCGUCGGGCGGGGAAGGGGCGCUGAUCGCGCUCAAGGGGUCGCCGUGCGGCUUCGGGACCGACAUUGGCGGGUCGGUGCGGAUCCCGGCCGCGUUCAACGGCUUGUACGGCCUGCGGCCGGCGGCGGGGCGGCUGCCGUACGAGGGCGUGGCCAACAGCCUGGACGGGCAGAACAGCGUGCUCAGCGUCGUGGGCCCGCUGGCGGGCAGCGUGGGCGGGUUGAGGCUGCUGACGGAGGCGGCGCUGGGGGCGGAGCCGUGGCGGGAGGAUCCGAUGGUGGUGGAGAUGGCGUGGCGGGCGGACAGGGCGGCGGGGGUGGCGGAGAAGGCGGAGGAGAAGAGGCUGACUUUCGGCGUGCUUCGCGACGACGGCGUCGCGCGCGUCACGCCGCCCGUCGCGCGGGCCCUGUCUCUCGCGGUCGACAAGUUGCGCGCCGCGGGCCACGCCGUCGUCGAGUGGGAGCCGCCCUCUCACGCCGACAUCGUCGAGUGCUGCGCCGCCACCUGGACCUAUGACGGCGGCCGCGACACCAUCGCCGCCUUCGCCCUGUCCGGCGAGCCGCAGGCCACCGAGUACGUGCAGAUGCCCUGGCCCGACCCCAUCUCGCCCGAGGCCACGGCCACCGACAUCGCCGCCAACAACGUGCGUCGGCGGCGCCUGCAAAAGGCGUAUCUCGAUUACUGGAACUCCACCGCCGGCGGCGCCGGCGUCGACGCCAUCAUCGCCCCCGUCGCGCCCUUCCCCGCCGCCCGCCCGAAGCUGUACACGUACUACGGCUACACCAUGUGGGUGAACCUGCUCGAUUACACCAGCGUCGUCGUGCCCGUGACCAGGGCGAGCAAGGAUGCGGAUCCGCGUGCGGUCGACUUCGAGCCUAGGAGCGAGCUGGACGCCAAGACGCAGGCUUCGUACGAUCCGGACAUCUACGACGGCGCGCCCGUCGCGGUGCAGCUUGUUGGCAGGAGGCUGGAGGAGGAGAAGAUGCUGCAAGUGGCCGAGGUGGUGGACGGGGUGCUGAGAGACUGA